AUGGCGAGCGAAGAAGAAAAGGCUCUGGAGAAUGAGCUUGAAGAACAGUUACAGGAGCUGAGAGAUUCCCUCACCGCUCUCAACGACGCACUUGCUUCUGAUCCUUCCAAUUCCGAACUUCUCUCUGUUCAGGAGGAGCUAGUACAGUCGAUCAAAGAUGCGGAGGAUGGGCUUCUUCACCUGAAACGUGCACGGUUGUUGAAAGAAUUGGAUGUGACAGCUGCACUUCAGAGCUCCAAUGGUUCCGCAGAGAAUGUCAAAGUAGAGCGUAUUGACAUUGACUCUAGUACGGAUGAUGGAGCGGAACCAUUGGAGGAAGAAGAACAGAAAGAGUUUUCAAUUGGGUCCAAUUGUAGAUUCCGUUUCAGUGAUGGACGGUGGUAUAACGGUCGGAUUAUUGGGUUUGAAGGUUCUGACGCUGCCAAUAUAUCUUUUCUCACCCCUACUUCGGAUAACAUGGUGAUGUGCAAGUUUUUCCUUCAAGAACGAUGUCGAUUUGGUACUAGUUGCCGCAUGUCACAUGGGGUUGAUGUGCCGUUAUCUUCCUUGAAAGAGUAUGUUCCUACAGUCUGGGAUCAGUCACUCGUGGGGUCCAGCAUUCUGGCAAUGCCUGACAAAAAUACCGGCAUUUGGAGGAAAGCUGAGCUUGAAUCUUGGGAUGAUGAAGUCGGGUUAGGCAAAGUUGUUUUUCACAAUGAUGGGAGCUCUGCUAAGCUUUACCCUGAAGCUAUAUCCCUAUCUGAGUAUGCAAUAGUUAGCGAAGAAGAAGAAAGUGAUGAUACCGGUGCAGAACAAUCCGAUUCAAGUGAUUAUGAAGAAGGAGAAAGCCCUGACGCUAUAGGAUUUCUUGGAAGCACCAACCAACAAAGAGGCAUCCAAACGGAGACCACCAUGUUUGCCAAGUGGGAGAAUCACACCAGGGGCAUAGCUUCCAAGAUGAUGGCAAAUAUGGGGUAUCGUGAAGGAAUGGGUUUAGGAGCAUCUGGGCAGGGAAUGGUGAAUCCAAUCCCCGUGAAGGUCCAUCCAGGCAAGCAAUCACUCGAACAUGCUCUAGAAUCUCAGAAACGUGAGGAGGCCGGCGGUGGAAAACAGCCAAAAAAGCGAAGCAGAGGUGGAAAGAGAAAACGUGAUAAGAAGUUUGCUGCGGCAGCUAGAGCAGCCAAAGCAGCAAAGGAAGAUGAGGAAACUCGACCAGAUGUGUUCAGUUUCAUCAAUGACCAACUAGCUGCAAAUGGUGGGUCGGUGGCCAAGAAGCAGCAAAAGACCAGUUCGGUCGAGAAGAAAGUGGACAGGCGAGCUCUGGUAGCUUAUGAAGAUGAGGUGAAGGAGUUGAGAAAUCGUGUAGAAAGGCUGGAGGAGAUGGCCAGUAGAAACAAGAAGGAGAAGUUGGUCUAUGAUGCCGCCAUGAGGAAGUUAAAGGAAGCUCGUAAAGCUUUGGAAGAUGCCGAGGCUACUCAUGCUUCUGCUACCAAUGCCGUGGUUAGCAAAGAGAAGGAGAAGAAGUGGCUCAAGUUUUAA